UAAUAUUUUACAAAAUAACCUAUGCAAUAUCGAUAAACAAAAACGAAACAGCUUGACAAUUCCUUUAAUGUAAUUAUAACAAAAAAGAUACAGACAUUGUUUGUUGCUAAAAAUAAGCCUCCUUUUGUAUAAAAAGGUAAUUCGAGAAAAAAACAACAAAAAAAAAAAGACACUGCUAGCUGCCUCGGUAUUGGAAAUUUAUUGAGUAAGUACCGAGCUGUUUUGUUUUGGUUGUACAAAAUAGUUGAUUGCAAAGAUGGGUUUCCGGAGAUGGUGUUAAUACUGUUGUGGAAGUCGAGUGUUUGUUUCAGAAAAUACUUUUAUGCAAAACAAACCAAUUAACCAGAUACCCCACCCCCACCGGUAGAGAAUGUCGAAGUCGCUACUGAAUGUUUAUAAACAGCAAAACCCGGACGCAUCUUGUCAACUAAGUAAAUCGACUCUUGGCUGUGUUCCUAAAUUAAAUAACAGAAACAAUGACAACUUCGAACAGGAUAAUGGAAGCGAUGGCUCCGUUGGUGAUCGGUUUCGUAGUCAUACAAUUGGUGAACGAAUUAACGAAGCCAUUUGGGAAAAUUGUCGAAGAAGUAUUGGUGAGCCACUAAACAAUUCCAGGGUUACUGACAGAAGCAGCAACUAUGGUUCAACAAACUCGAGAACAUUGUAUGGGAAAGCAUAUGUCGACAAAAAUCCUUCGAUCCCAACAGCGACAGAAUCAAAACAAUCAGGGAUAACUACUAAACAUAUAUGUGAACCUAAGACUGAACCUUCAGUAGAGCAAACCGAUCGGCCAGAUCGUUUGAAUAUCAAUAAUUCGCAAACAGAAAUAUCUCCCCUAAAUGCAAACACAAAGGAAGAAAUGCAGUCAAUCAAUCGGCAUUUUGCUCCUAAUAUGUUACAAAACACUGUAGCCAAUAAAACUGCAGCCUUACCUGAUGUCGGGUUAGCCGAGUCGAAACGUUUCCCUUCCGAUGAUCCCGAAAGCAGCCAAACACUACAUGUGGUCCUACUGGAUGUGUCUAACCCUAAUACGCAUCAGAAAAAGAGAGAGAUGAAAGAUUUUAGCAGUCUUACGACAGCUGGUCCGAAUUUGUUAGAACACCAAUCAGACUCACAAUCGAACGGGAAUUUAAAUAAUGUGUCAAAAGAUCCGAGUGAGCAAUUCAUUAGAUCCAGAAAAUGCGUAAAAAAUAUCGAACACAACAACAAUAACUAUAAUAAUUUUCAAAGAAGUGAGGAUAAUGAGAAAAAAUUCAACGGUGAUUUAAAACCUGGAGUUGAAUAUGGAAAUAAGACGUCCUUUAAUAUGCCUGCUGUAUUUAUGAAUUCUUCAUCUACUAGUAGAGGGGACAAUGCUGGCCCGUCUAAUUUCUGGCAGCCUGAUUUAGUUGCAAUGCAAGAUGAUCAAACGUUAGAGCAAGUUCCUAUCAAUAAAAAACCACGCCAAACGGUUAACGAUCAGUUUAGUGUCUGUGUACCUUCUCCAGCUCGCUCACCUUUCAAAAGUGUGUUGCCAAGCAAUAAUUUGCAAAUCGAGCCAGUAAUGAAGAAAGCUACCGUUUCAGUAACUAAUAAAGAAGCUAUUGCUGUCAAAGAGUCUAUGGAAUGCACUACAGUUGGAUAUCGGUCAGUGCCAUCGGGCAAUUUCACCGCUUCUCAAACUGGAAAAAACCCAGCUAUUUCAGGAAAUUCAGCAUUCAGACCAAACCUGGUUACGUAUCUGGUUUUAAACCAAGAGAAUAAAGCUGUCAUGAGUAACUGUAUUUUGCCGCAACCAGAUAAUUUAUCUCAAGGUUUAAAUUUUCCUUCGCAAGAAAUGCAUCGUCAGUUAAUAGAACACACGGGACAAAUACAGACGAAUCCAGUACAAAACUAUCUAACUGUGGCUAAAACAGAUCAACUGAUUCCGUGCAUGGUAAGUCGUCCAAAUGUGUUCCAAGGUGUUUGUAGGCAAGCGAAUCAAGCUAAUAGUUUGAGUCACUGUAAUGGAGAGAAUAAUUUGAUACAAUUUCGAAACCAAAUAUUAUGGCAGCAUCUGCAAGAGCUGCAUAGAAAACAGGCAAUCGAGUGUCAACUACCGUCAUGUCACUAUAGCCAAAACACUCAGGACUCAAAUGCUUCACAUGUCGAACCAUGUAACGAAAUAAAGAAUCCUAUAAACGCACGAUCACCACAUGUUUCUGAUAGUAAUUUUAUUAAAAAAUUUCGGAUCCUAUUUCCGACUUUGAAAGCGUCAUUGCGUAAAGUAUUUAAAACUUCUUCUGAAGCAGUCUCUCAGAAUAUUGCAGGAAAUCAUUCGGAGAAAAUGUUUAUAAAGGACUUUGAAAAUUCCCUUGAAGAUUUAAUGGGAAUUUUGGAUAGGGCUGAGAUUUAUUUGCAAUCUGCGAAAGAAAUCCAGAUGCAGUCAUUUCAUGAUACCUGGUUUACGCCUUACAAAUGUCAAGACCAAAUACCGUCUAAAACCUACUCGGACUACUGCAAUGUGGCGAUCAAGCAAAUUAAGGUCGUCCAAGAAAUCCACGAUGCUAUGUUAUUUUUGAAUAGUUUCAAUAAUAAUAAUGAUAAAGAACUGAACAAAUGAACAUAUCUGAAUCAAUGUUAACUUUUUUGUUUAAAGUUUUUAUUAUAACAUUUUGGUUUUCGUUAUUUUCCAGAUCAAUCAAACAAUAUUAGUAAUAUUGAUCUGCUGAAUGAUAGUAAUAUUGGUGUAUCUUGAUAGGAUCAUUUUGCCAAUGAGAAACACACGCACUGACAGAAUAUUCAUCCCAAUACACAGAAUCUACUUUAAUACCCGAUUUCACACACGAAAAAUAAACUUGCAAAACUCCUACAAAAACUAAGGUAAUAUUGAUUUCAAAUUUUGGUACAAGGCCGGCAAUUUUGGGGGUAGGGUAAAUCAGCUGGCACGUAUUUUAUCGAUCCCGAAAAGAUGAAAGGCAAAGUUGACCUCGGCGAAAUUUGAAAUUGGAACGUACAGACAGACAAAAUGCCGCUAAGCGUGCUAACAAUUCUACCAGCUUGACGACUUCGGGGAGAAAAAGGUAAUGUUAGUAAUGCUUGGUGGCAUUUUGUUCGUCUUUGUUCUUUGUUCAAAUUCCACCGAGGUCAACUUUACUUUUCAUUCUUUUGGGGCCGAUAAUAUAGAUAGCAGUUGAGUACCGGAAUCGAUGUAAUCGAUCUACCUCUCCCCCCGAAAUUGCUGGCAUUGUGCCAAUAUCGUGAAAAAGAAAGUAUCUGGGAUUUAUGCCAAAAAUACCACUCCAUUUGUUUACUGAACUAAUAAAAACGUGUUAAUGUUGAAUGAAACUAUGCCUGCAUAAUAUCUAAAAUUAUUGAUUUUAUUACCUAAGGUUGGUAUAUUUUUGAGAAAACUAGUCUGUUACCUACUUGUAUUUAUUUAUACAAUGUCUAUGGCUGAUUUAUAAAUGAACAUUUCUAUUUUAUUAGGAAAAGGAAACCUAACAUUUUUUUAUAAACGAAUAAAAUUUAAGUUUGAAAAUGUCAACCAAAAUACUAGUCUUUUUUCGUUUUUCCUUAUUUGCAUUUGUUUUGCUAUUAAUGUGAUGUAGGAGACUGGCUUCCAGUAAGAUAAAUAGUUUACUAUCCUGUUUAGAUUGACUGGGGAAGUCAAUUGAUUCUGAGAGAUACUUUACAAAUGUAUGCCCUUUAUCCUAAUUAAACGCAAAUACUUCUGUCACAGU